CACCCUCUCCUCAGCUGCCCAAGGAUCUAGCUCCAUGGACACCUGGGAACACCCCUAGAGUCAAGUCUCUUGCCAACCCUAAAAUGGUUCCCUAAAUUAAGAUAUAUACUUCCCUGCUCCCAUAUCCACCCUUCCUCCAUCCCAACCCUCACAUUCCCCCAAGCUCUCCCCAUCCUCGCCUUCUCACUUUUUCCACCCCAUCUCCCCUUACCCUCACUCCACCCCCAAGUUCCCAAUUUUUGCCUGGCAAUCUUGUCUUCUUCCAAUAUCCAGGAGGAUAACUAUAUGUUUUUCUUUGGGUUCACCUUUUUAUUUAGCUUCUCUAGGAUCACAAAUGAUAGGCUCAAUGUCCUUUAUUUAUGGCUAGAAUCCACUUAUGAGUGAGUACAUACCAUAUUCAUCUUUUUGGGUCUGGGUUACCUCACUCAGGAAAGUGUUUGCUAUUUCCAUCCAUUUGCAUGCAAAAGUCAAGAUGUCAUUGUUUUUUACCGCUGAGUAGUACUCUAAUGCAUACAAAUUCCACACUUUCUUAAUCCAUUCUUCCAUUGAGGGGCAUCUAGGUUGUUUACAAGUUCUGGCUGUUACAAAUAAAGCUGUUAUGAACAUAGUUGAACAAAUGUUUUUGUCGUAUGAUAGGGCAUCUCUUGGGUAUAUUCCCAAGAGUGGUAUUGCUGGAUCCUGGGGUAGGUUGAUCCCGAAUUUCCUGAGAAAUUGAUUUACAAAAGUGGUUGCACAAAUUUGCAUUCCCACCAGCAAUGGAUGAGUGUACACCUUAUUGUACAUCCUCUCCAGCAAAGGCUCUCAUUGGUGUUUUUGAUUUUAGCCAUUCUGACAGGUGUAAGAUGAUAUCUCAAAGUUGUUUUGAUUUUCAUUUCCCUGAUUGCUAAGGAGUUUGAACAUGACCUUAGUGUCUUUUGGCCAUUUGAACUUGUUCUGUUGAGAAUUCUCUGUUCAGUUCAGUGCCCCAUUUUUUAAUUGGGUUAAUUAGCAUUUUAAAGUCUAGUUUCUUGAGUUCUUUAUUUAUUUUGGAAAUCAGACCUUUGUCUGUUGUGGGGUUGGUGAAGAUCUUCUCCCAGUAAGUAGGUUGCCUUUUUGUCUUAGUGACAGUGUCCUUUACUUUACAAAAGCUUCUCAGUUUUAGGAGGUCCCAUUUAUUCAAUGUUGUCCUUAUUGUCUGUGCUACUGGGGUUAUAUGUAGGAAGUGGUCUCCUGUGCCCAUGUGUUGUAGAGUACUUCCCACUUUCUCUUCUAUCAGGUUCAGUGUGUUCAGACUGAUGUUGAGGUCUUUAAUCCAUUUGGACUUGAAUUUUGUGCAUUGUGAUAGAUAGGGAUCUAUUUUCAUUCUUCUACAGGUUGACAUCCAGUUGUGCCAGCACCAUUUGUUGAAGAUGCUUUCUUUCUUCCAUUGUAUACUUUUAGCUCCUUUGUCGAAAAUCAGGUGUUCAUAGUUUUGUGGGUUAAAAUCCAGGUCUUUUAUUCGAUUCCAUUGGUCUACUUUUCUUUUUUUAUGUCAAUACCAAGCUGUUUUCAUUACUGUAGCUCUGUAAUAGAGUUUGAAGUCAGGGGUGGUAAUACUCCAGAAGUUCCUUUAUUGUAUAGGAUUGUUUUGGCUAUCCUGGGUUUUUUGUGUUUCCAUAUAAAGUUGAUUAUUGUUCUCUUAAGGUCUGUGAAGAAUUUCGUUAGGCUUUUGAUGGGGAUUGCAUUGAAUCUAUAAAUUGCUUUUGGUAGAAUUGCUAUUUUUACUAUGUUGAUUCUCCCAAUCCAAGAGCAAGGGAGAUCCUUCCAUUUUCUGGUAUCCUCUUCAAUUUUUCUUCAAAGACCUAAAGUUAUUGUCAAGUAGAUCUUUCACUUCCUUGGUUAGAGUUACCCCAAGAUAUUUUAUGCUAUUUGUGGCUAUCAUGAAAGGUGAUGUUUCUCUGAUUUCCCUCUCUGCUUCUUUAUCCUUUGUGUAUAGGAGGGCAACUGAUUUUUUGGCGCUGAUCUUGUAUCCUGCCAUGUUACUAAAGGUGUUACUAACGAUGUUGAGCUGUAGGAGUUCUUUGGUAGAGUUUUUGGGGUUGCUUAUGUGUACUAUCAUAUCAUCUGCAAAUAACGUAAGUUUGAUGUCUUCCUUUCCUAUUUGAAUCCCCUUGAUCUCCUUAUGCUGUCUUAUUGCUAUUGCUAGAACUUCAAGCACUAUAUUGAAGAGGUAUGGAAAUAGUGGACAGCCUUGUCUUGUUCCUGAUUUUAGUGGGAUGGCUUUGAGUUUCUCUCCAUUUAAUUUAAUGUUAGCUGUCGGCUUGCUGUAUAUUGUUUUUAUUAUAUUUAGGAAUGUACCUUGUAUCCCUAGUCUCUCCAAGACCUUUAUCAUAAAGGGGUGUUGAAUUUUGUCAAAUGCUUUUUCAGCAUCUAAUGAAAUGAUCAUAUGUUUCUUUUUUCCUUCAGUUUAUUUAUAUGAUGGAUUACAUUGAUAGAUUUUCGUAUGUUGAACCAACCCUGCCUCUCUGGGAUGAAGCCUACUUGAUCAUAGUGUAUAAUUUUUUGGAUGUGUUCUUAGAUUCGGUUUUCUAGUAUUUUAUUGAGAAUUUUUGCAUCAAUGUUCAUGAAUGAGAUUGGUCUGUAAUCCUCUUUCUUGGUUAUGUCUUUGUAUGGUUUUGGUAUCAGGGUGACUGUAGCUUCAUAAAAGGAGUUUGGCAAUGACUCUUCUGUUUCUAUUUUGUAAAACACAUUAAGGAGUAUAGGUAUUAGCUCUUCUUGGAAGUUCUGGUAGAAUUCUGCAUUGAAACCAUAUGGUCUAGGGCUUUUUUUGGUAGGGAGGUUUCUGAUGACAGCUUCUAAUUCCUCGCGACUUACAGGUCUAUUUAAACUGUUCACCUGGUCUUGAUUUAAUUUUGGUAUAUGAUACUUAUCUUUUUUUAAAAAAAAAAAGUGUCUGUUUCUUUCACAGUUUCAAAUUUUGUGGCAUACAAGCUUUUGUAGUAAGAUCUAAUGAUUCUCUGAAUUUCCUCUGUGUCUGUGAUUAUAUCCCCCUUUUCAUUUCUGAUCUUACUAAUUUGCGUGUUCUCUCUCUUCUGUUUGAUUAGUUUGGAUAGCGGUUUGUCAAUAUUGUUGAUUUUCUCCAGGAACCAGCUUUUUGUUUCAUUGAUUCUUUGGAUUGUUUUCUGUUUUUCUAUUUUGUUGAUUUCAGCCCACAGUUUGAUUAUUUCCUGUCUUCUACUCCUCCUGGGUGAGUCUGUUUCUUUUUUUUUCUAGAGCUUUCAGCUGUGCUGUUAACUCUCUAAUGUGUGCUUUCUCCAUUUUCUUUAUGUGGGCACUUAGUGCUAUGAACUUUCUUCUUAGCACUGCCUUCAUAGUGUCCCAUAGGUUUGGGUAUGAUGUUUAUUUUCACUGAAUUCAAGGAAGAUUUUAAUUUCUUUCUUUAUUUCUUACUUGAUCCAGAGGUGGUUCAGUAAUUGAAUGUUCAAUCUCCAUGAAUUUGUAGGCUUUCUGGGGUUAGAAUUGUUGAUUAAUUCUAACUUUAUUCCAUGGUGAUCCGAUAGUACACAGGUGGUUACUACAAUUUAUUUGUAUCUAUGGAUGUUUGUUACUAAUUAUGUGAUCAAUUUUUGAGAAGGUUCCAUGUGAUGCUGAGAAGAAGGUAUAUUCUUUUCUGUUUGGGUGCAAUGUUCUAUAGAUGUCUGUUAAGGUCAUUUGGUUCAUUACAUCUGAUAGUUCUCUUAUUUCUCUGUUAAGUUUCUGUCUGGUUGACCUGUCCAUUAGUGAGAGCAGAGUGUUGAAAUCUCCUACUAUUAGAGUGUGGGAUUUGUUGUAUGCUUUGAGUUCUAGUAAUGUUUCUUUUACAUAUGUGGGUGCUUUUAUAUUAGGGAUGUAGAUAUUCAGGAUAGAGACUUCCUCCUGAUGAAUUGUUCCUGUUAUGAGUAUACAAUCUCUUCUGAUUGAUUUUAGUUUGAAAUCCAUCUUGUUAGAUAUUAGUAUAGCCACCCCCACUUGUUUCUUUGGUCCAUUUGAUUGGAAAACCUUUUCCCAUCCCUUUACUCUGAGGUAGUGUUUGUCUUUGAGUUUGAAGUGUGUUUCUUGUAAACAGCAGAAUGUUGGAUCUUGAUUUCAUAUCCAUUCUCUUAACCUGUGCCUAUUUAUAGGUGAAUUGAGUCCAUUGAUAUUAAGUGAUAUUAAUGACCAGUGGUUGUUAACUCCAGUUAUUUUUUUUAGUGGUAAUGUUUGUGUGUUUCCCUUCUUUGAGUUGUGCUGGUGGAGUGUUGUCAGAUGCUUGUCUUAUUAUUGGUGUUGUUGACUUCCUUGGUUUGUGAUUUUCCUUCUAGUAUUUUCUGUAAGGCUGGGUUUGUGGCAACAUAUUAUUUAAAUCUGUUUUUGUCCUGGAAUAUCUUGUUUUCUCCAUCGAUGGUGAAUGCAAGCUUUGCUGGGUAUAGUAGUCUGGGUUUGCAUCCCUGUUCUCUUGGUGUCUACAGCACAUCUAUCUAAGACCUUCUGGCUUUCAUGGUUUCCAUUGAGAAGUCAGGUGUAAUUCUGAUAGGUUUCCCUUUAUAUGUUACUUGACCUUUUUCCUUUGCAGCUCUUAAUAUCUGUUCUUUAUUCAGUAUGUUUUUUGUUUUGAUUAUUACAUGGCAUGGGAAUUCUUUCUUUUGAUCCAGUCUAUUUGGUGUUCUGUAUACUUCUUGCACCUUCAUAGGAGUAUCCUUCUUUAGGUUGGGAAAGUUUUCUUCUAUAAUAUUGUUGAAUAUAUUUUCUGGGCCUUUGAGCUGUAAUUCUUCUCCUUCUUCUACCCCUAUUAUUCUUGGGUUUGGUCUUUUCACGGUGUCCCAGAUUUCCUGGAUGUUUUGUGUUAAGAAUUUGUUGGGUUUGUUUUGUUCUUUAAUCAGUGAGUUUAUUUCCUCUAUAGUAUCUACACUGUCUGAUAUUCUUUCUUCUAGCUCUUCUGUUGGUAAUACUUGUCUCUGUAGUUACUGUUUGUUUACCCAAAAUUUCCAUAUCCAGCCUUCCCUUGGUUUGGGUUUUCUUCAUUACCUCCAUUUCAUUUUUCAAGUCUUGAAAUUUUUCCCUUACCUGUUUGAUUGCUUUUUCUUGUUUUUUUCCCCCCUUGGGUAUCUUUGAGAGAUUUAUUCAUUUCCUCUACCUUUUUGUUUGUAAUCUCUAAUUGUUUAUGGCAGUUUGUCACCUCCUGUUUAAGGUCCUCUAUUAUUUUCAUACAGUUCUGUUUAAAGUUGAUUUCUAUUUCUUUUUCUUUUUUGAAAACAAAACAACAAAAAACACAGGGUUUUAUUUCCAUCCCAUUGGGCAGGGCUCGGCAGGGCAGGGAGCAGGCUCUCAUGGAAGAAAGAGGCCUCUACUAGGGUGUUCAAUUCUUCUUGUUUCAGGAUCCCUGAAUUCUGGUGGUGUCAUGUUGCCUUUCAGGUUGUUGGAGGAAUUCUUGCAUUGGCGCCUGCCCAUCUCUUCCUUCAGAUGGAGCCAGGAGACUCUUGGUGUCUUGGUCCAGUCUUUGCUGUGACUGACUCUGUGUGGAUCUCCUCAGUGCAGGACAAGAACUGUUCCUGUCUGGAUGAAACUCUUCAGCACUGAAACAGGGAUGCCUAAUAGUCCCCUCUGGGUGGAUAGCCUGGGUGCAGGAGCAGGACGCUGUUCUGAGCCAAGAACCCAUCCGGAUGGAACUCCUCAGCACUGAAACAGGGAUGCCUGGUAGCCCAAGGACACCACAGACAAAAGGAUCCCUUGGGCGGAACCCCUUGAGGUACCCAGACUGAAAUGCAUUAAUGCCAAUGUGAGGCCUAAAUGGUGUGAUAACACUCAAGAGCCAGGAAAUGGCUACUGCCUUGGAACCAGAGGACCAAGACGUUUGGGAAGAAGAAGGAGUCAUGAUGGUAAAGCUGGAGGAUGAUUUCACCUGCGGGCCAGAGUCUGCCUUGCAGGGGGAUGACCCUGUGCUGGAGACCUCUCACCAGAACUUCCGACGCUUUCGCUACCAGGAAGCAUCCAGCCCUAGAGAAGCCCUCAUCAGACUUCGAGAGCUUUGUCAUCAAUGGCUGAGGCCAGAGAGGAGGACAAAGGAGCAGAUCCUCGAGCUGCUCGUGCUGGAGCAGUUCCUCACCGUCCUGCCUGGAGAACUGCAGAGCUGGGUGCGCGGCCAGCGGCCAGAGAGUGGCGAGGAGGCCGUGACGCUGGUGGAGGGUUUGCAGAAACGACCCAGGAGACCAAGGCGGUGGGUAACCGUCCAUGUUCAGGGCCAGGAAGUCCUGUCAGAAGAGACACCACCCCUAGAAGUGGAGCCAGAGUCCUCCAGUGAGCAACAAGAUCCAACACAGACCUUGACCCCUGAGCAGCCCCCUGAGGAAGCCCUCAGAAGAACAGAUCUGGGGACAUCGGAACAAGAGAGCUUGCAGCGUGACGGGGAGCGCCAGCCUCUGCAGGAAAGUGAGGUUCCAGUGUCCCAGGAUCCAGACCUUCCUGCAGAACAAGGGUCUGGAGACCCAGGGAUGGUUGCUCUUCUCACUGCCCUCUCUCAGGGACUGGUCACAUUCAAGGAUGUGGCUCUGUGCUUCUCACAGGAUCAGUGGAGUGAUCUGGAUCCAACACAAAAAGAAUUCUAUGGAGAAUAUGUCUUGGAAGAAGAUUGUGGAAUUGUAGUUUCUCUGUCAUUUCCAAUUCCCAGACUGGACGAUACCUCCCAGAUUAGAGAAGAAGAGCCUCAGGUCCCAGAUGUCCACGAAUCUCAGGAGCCUGCAGAAACAGAAAUCCUGAGUUUUACCUAUACAGGAGACCUGAGUGAAGAUGGGGAAGGAAGUGUUGAGCAAGAAGAUCCACACAGGUCUAUUUUGGUAGACCCAGAAACUCACCAGACUCCAGAUUGGGAGAUAGUCUUUGAGGGUAAUACAAGUAGACUUAAUGAAAGGAGAUUUGGCACAAAUAUUUCUCAAGUUAAUAAUUCCACAAAAACUAGGGAAACUACUCCUGGUCACCCCCAGGUAGCGAGGCAACAUCACUGCCCUCUAUGUGGAAAAAGCUUCACAUGCAAUUCUCAUCUUAUUAGACACUUGAGAACUCACACAGGAGAAAAGCCCUAUAAGUGUAUGGAGUGUGGGAAAAGUUAUACACGGAGCUCACAUCUUGCCAGGCACCAGAAAGUCCAUAAGACAAACCCUCCUCAUAAACAUCCUCCAAACCGGAAGAAUGUGGAUGCCCCUCUGACCCAGUCGGGGGGUAAUGCCCGUGUAGAAAAACCGUAUAGCUGUGAUGACUGUGGAAAACAUUUCCGUUGGACUUCAGACCUGGUCAGGCACCAGAGGACACACACAGGGGAAAAACCUUUCUUCUGUACUACUUGUGGCAAAAGCUUCAGUCAGAAAUCUGUGUUAACCACACACCAAAGAACCCAUGCUACAGGCAAGCCCUACUCAUGUACGGACUGUGGAGAGGACUUCAGUGACCAGAAACAGUUUCUGACACAUCGGAAGACACACGUGACUGAGGAGCUCUUUCUCUGCAGUGAAUGUGGGCGCUCCUUCAACAAUAGUGCAGCAUUUGCCAAGCACCAGAAAGGUCAUGCCUCUGUGAGGAACUGCCGGUGUGAUGAAUGUGGUAAAAGCUUUAGCAGGAGGGAUCAUCUCGUCAGACAUCAACGAACACACACUGGAGAAAAGCCUUUCACUUGUACUACCUGUGGGAAGAGCUUCAGUAGAGGGUAUCACCUAAUCAGGCACCAGAGAACCCAUACGAGAAAGACCUAGCUAUGUGCCGUGUGUGGAGAACAUUGUUCAGCCCUCAGCUGGGAUGGGAUGGACUCUGUGGUUAACCCUAGGAGACCUGUUCUGAGGCAUCUCUUUGACCUGCCCAUACCAUAUGUCACCUCUUCCGGAACUCGUCCGCUCUCCGCAGUCGAGGCUUCUCUUUCACAAGCAUGCUCCUACCUCUACAUCAUGGUGUGAAGUAGGAGAUUUGGGACUCUAAGAAAUUUUUGCUAUUAUGUUUUGGGAAACCUAGGCUGUUCUAAAUCCUGAAGACUACUUACCAGCCUCAACUUCUUUGUGACCAAGGAUAAGUAAGUUCUUGGGUCUGAUAAGGGACCGACCUAAAGGGGUCUGUCCUCCCUGGGCUCCAGCCGUAAAGCACACAGCCCUAAUCUUAAGACAGGAAUUCUGUGUCCUGAGAGAUUUGCCGCACACUGAUGGGCCAGCUUCAGGUUCCCACUAAGUCACCUCUUCACUUAGAUGCUGGAGACAAGGGGGAGAGUGAUAAAGGACAAGUCCUUGAGGCUACUGCACAAGGAUUUUGGCAAGCUGCUCCCUUCCCUGUUCUCAGAAUGACACCAAGUGCCAAACACUGCUACAAAAGCGGGCCUGAUCGAAAGCCUCCUGGGGUGUACCACCACCCCCCCCCAUCUGGAUAUGCUUGUCUUUAGCUUUCCUGUGGUCUGGCUACUGUCAACUUUGUACCUUCCAUGCCUACUGCAGGAACAAUGUAGACUGGAGUACUGGAGAAUUCAGUAAAGCAUGAUUAAGGCCUGGCGAAACCCAUCACUUCCCCACGUAGUGUUUCAGCGCAUCCUUCAUCUGGGUUGUGAGAGGGAAUCUGAAGCCCUGUCGGCCUGGGAAAGGCGCCAUAACCAGUGCACAGUCACAACUGACUGGCUCACUGCAUUUACGUAAGGAAACUAGAGAAGAUCUGAAACCACUUUGGAAGAUAGGAAACAGCUGUUGCCACUGGCCAAGACUAUUAGGACGAUUCUGCCACCUUGUCCUUAGUGUUCAUGCCUCUGUUCUAUCAUGCAGGGAAGAUAAUGAACCCUAAUAUUUUGAACCCUGAGAAUUCACCAGACGUAAAUGGAUUUUUUGUGUCUGUGUUAUUUGGGUUUUUUAUACAUAUAUUUUCAUUUUCAUGUAACUGUGAACUAAAAAGUGGUAUCUCCUGGUAGCCCAAGGGUCUUUUGCCUGUUUGAGGUUCCCUCGUGUGUCUGGCUAUCUGGAAAGGACCGGGGAGAGUUGCUCCAGAAAUGGAGCAUCGGGUGUGGAAGUAAAGCAUGAGAAAGAAGGUAGAUGGAUGUGUGUGCCUGCUUUCUUUUGCUCGGUUCAUGAUCAGGAAUCUGGUGGGUUCGCAACAGAGCUUCCCAGACAAACAUCCCGGUAAGGAAAUUCUCUUGUGAUGGCCUAGUUGAGUUUUAGUGUCAGUCAAUUGAUGUCAAACAAAUUGAUGCUUGGAGCCAAGUGCCCCCGUUUACAUUUUGCCUGAUCACCUCCUAGAGCU